GCGGCAGCUGUGGCAAGCGCAGCAGGCCAUGCUGGAUGUGCAGCUGCGGGGGUUGGAACUGGGACUGGCGCUCCACGUGUCUCAGCUGUGGGUGCGCCGCGUCGCCCUGGGCGCUGGGAUCGCCCCCCGCCAAGGCGAAGCCCAAGGCCGACAAGGGCGGCUGGGUGGGCCAGCCUCGGGGGCGCCGAGCCCAGCGGCAGGCCCGCAGCGCAGCCUCGCGUACGGCAUCCACCAUGUCGCAGACCUCGGCUUCAGCGGCGAGCGGGGCACCCAGCGGCGGUGGCGUCGCGGCGAUCGAGAGGCUGCAGGCGACGGUCGAGCGGCUUGAGGCGCUGCAGGCUGGGCCGCCCGACGGCGUCGACAGCUGCUUCACCGACGUCGCGGCCAACCAGUUGGAGGCUAAGAGGGCAGAAUUGGCCAGCGCCCAGCGUGAGGCAGCGGAGCGGAAGGCCUCCGCCAUGCCGCGGUCUACUCUGCUGCGCAAGGAGGCGAACGCCAUCAGCAAGGAAGAGAAGCGGCUCCGCUCAGCCCGCCAGGCCCUUGGGCAGAAGCAGGCGGCGCGGGGCCUCGCGGAAGUCCAGCUCCGGAAGGCCCAGGAGGAGCUCGCGGUGCUCGACGGCCAGGUGGAGGAGGCCAGCAGGGCGCUCCAGGUCCUCGAAGAAGCGGCCCGUGAGGAGGCAGAGGCGCGGCAGCGCCAGCGCGCAGCCGAGUGGGCUGGGGCCGGCCAGGUGCCAGGGCUCCUCACGCAGCUGGACAAGCUGCCAAAAGCCUGGGGCUCCAGCAACUUCGAGGUGGCAUGGGCGGCCAUUCGCGCCCAGAUGGAGGCGGUGCGGGCGCAGCCCGCAGGCCCCCCGUCGGCCCCCAAGCGAGCGCAGUGGGCCGAGUCCUGCCCCGUGGGCGAGAUCAGCAGCGACGACGGCGAUCUCGCGGGCGGCAGCGGGCCCCGGCAGCCGCAGCCCGCCGCGGAACGAGGCCCAGCGGAGGGGCAUGGCAGCGCGCUCGGCGAGUGGCCGCAGGUGUCCCAGGCAUGCAAGAGGGAGCUGGUUGCUGAGGUGGCCCGCUGUGGCAGCAAGCGGCCUCGCGACCUCGGGAGCGAGCCGGCCCCGCCGGCACCAGGCCUGGACUCUGCGGUGGCUCAGGGCUUCCGCUGCGGGCGGGGGGCCCUUGGGGUACACGGAGACGCCAGGAGGCGGAGCCUGGCGGUGACUGAGGCCUCCGUCUGUCGGCACGGAGCCAAGCCCCGUCUGGUGCGGCUCCAGGAGGCCAACGUCGCCCCGCGCCGCCCAGAGGAGGCCAUAGGAGCUGCGCGCGGCAUGGGGUACACAGUCCUCCUCCACCAGUUUGCGCCCUCGGACGUGGAGGGCCCGCUGGUACGUGCAGGCAGCGUAGUAACCGCGGGUCGCAGCGCCCUGCGGGCAGCGAAGGUAGCAUGGCAGGUCCCGAGCGACCUCAAGCACUGCAUGAUAGAGGUCACUGUGUACACCGCAUCAGGCCUGGGGCGGCUGGCCUGCUCGCAGUUGGGCGGCCUGGACCUCCUGGCGGCUCAGGAGGUGCAGCCCCAGCCCCUGGGCGCCCGUGCAGCCGUGACUGUCUUCUUUCCCAAGUCGGAUGGAGGAGUUCGACCGAUUGUGAUCGCCCCGCUGCUCAUGCGCAUCUGGGGCCGCCCGAGGCAGCCUAUCGGCGCGCUGUGGGAGGCGGAGCACGACCGCCGCUUCUUUGGGGGCAAGGUGGACCGCGAUCACGAGACGGCAGGCUGGCUGCACAACGCAUGUGCCGCUCUUUCGUGUGUGAGUGGGCGUGCCUCCGCCAGCCUCUGCCUGGACAUCGCCAAGCUCUACGUGAGCCUUCGGCGCAACUUCCUGUGGCGGUGCGGAGUCGAGCAUGGCUUCGGCCUGCGGCUACUUCGAGGUCUGCGCGUGCUCUACCAGAGGCCCAACGGUGCGCGGCAGCUUGGCGAGUACUGGGAGACGCAGGGCUGGACUUUCUGUAAGACCUUGCCAGGAGUGCGCGAGGGCCGAGUGCGAGCUCCUGGAGCCAUGAACCGUGCGCGCGGGCUGGGCCGCCUCCGCGCCGCGGGAGUGGAGCAGGACCUGAUCCACAAGGCGAGGCGCAGGCGUGACCUUGAUCCAGCGGUCAUCGCUGUCAGCCAGAUGCAGGCGGGCCAGAGGCGGUCAGGCGAGCUGCUGCUCAGAAUGAUGGCUUGGGGGAUGGAGGAGGCUGCGGCAAGGGGCGCUAGUGCCGCCACUUGGGAGCGCGGUAUCGUUCGGUACUUCAAGUUGGAGUGGUGCCUGGUCGCGGAUCGAGGCGACGAGCUCGGCCCCAUGCCCCUCGAGCAUCGAGAGGGCGCGCGGCCGCCGUCCGAGAGUGAGUGUGAGUCAGCAUCGGUGAGGCUCGCGCCUGUUGCUCCCUGUUGCGAGUAG